UGAUGAAGGUCGUCCUUGCGCAGAAGAUUACUACGGGUGAAAAAUAGACUAGGGCAGAAAAACCUUCGGGAUGUGGAUUAAAGCCAGAAACGAGGACAGGAUCGAUUGUUUACAACAACAUAGAUUGUUUUAUUUUUUAUGGUCAAGAGUCCGAAUGUAAAGUAACUGAUAUAUAAUUCAAAAAAUGUAGCAGCAGUUGUACCACUAGGAGCAUGAUACUUGUUACAAGAAUGAUAAUGAAUAACUACAAAAUCAAAAACCAUCUAGUAUUCACUACUAGUGGCACAGCACCAUCUUCACACAUAACAGUGGAAGUACAAGUUAGUCACCUCAAAGAUUGUGAUAUCUUUCUCUUAAUCAAUGACGAACUAGCUGCGUACUACAUCAAGACUCCUGGAAACGUAUACCUGAAGCAAGUCUACGAGAAGAUAUAA